CACAAAUUAUCCCUACUCAAGUGGUUGAAGAAAAGUAUCCCAACCAUAAAACAAGAGCACCUUCUUUGCUUCUUCUCUUCUUCUGAAUGCUAUAUAAACACAGGAUAAUCAGUUGCUACUUCCAACAUCACCAAGCUUUUAAAAAAAAGAAUUUCUCUAAAUGGGAUCUUUACUUUUAGUAUUGCCUUAUUUUUCCCUUCACUUGUUCUUGUUGCUACUUUUUCAUUUUACUUCCAAAUCUUUCUCACUAUGUAACCCCCAUGAUAGCUCUGCAUUGUUACAAUUCAAGAACUCAUUUUUCGUCAACACUUCUUCUAAACCUUAUAGCUCCUAUCCUAGUUGUUCCUCUUUUUCUUUCAAGACAGAAUCUUGGAAAAAUAGAGAAGAUUGCUGCAAGUGGGAUGGUGUCACGUGCGACAACGUCUCAAACCACGUGAUUGGUCUGGAUAUUAGUUGCAACAAUCUGCAAGGUGAGUUACAUCCCAAUAGCACUCUGUUCAAACUUAGACACCUUCAACAACUCAACUUGGCUUUUAAUGAUUUUUCCAUCUCUUCAUUACCCGUAAGUAUUGGCGAUCUAGUCAGUCUCACACAUCUAAAUCUAUCAAAUUGUCUCCUUCGAGGUGAUAUUCCUUCACAAAUCUCUCAUUUAUCAAAAUUAGUAUCACUUGAUCUUAGUAUUAAUUCUGUCAUGGAUCUCAAUCCCUUCACAUGGAAGAAAUUCAUUCAAAAUGCUACUAAUUUAGGUGAGCUUUAUCUUGAUCAUGUGAAUAUGAGUUCAAUAGAAGGGAGCUCUUUGUCUAUGCUAAAGAAUUUGUCAUCCUCUUUGGUUUCUCUUAGUCUAAGUGACACUAGGUUGCAAGGAUAUUUGUCAAGUGACAUUCUCACACUACCUAAUCUUCAAACACUCGAUUUGUCAUAUAAUAAAUAUCUUAGUGUUCAACUUCCAAAGUCCAACUGGAGCACUCCUCUUAGGUACUUGGACCUCUCCUACAAUACUUUCUCAGGUGAAAUUCCUUGUUCCAUAGGCCAGUUGAUGUCUCUUACUCACUUAUCCGUUGCUCGAAACAAUUUUGGUGGGCUGAUUCCUUCAUCUUUGUGGAACCUCACUCAACUUACAUACUUGAACCUUGCUAGAAACAAUUUUGAGGGUGAGAUCCCAUCAUUACUUUCAAAACUUACAAACCUCACUUCCUUAAAUCUUGGAUAUAAUAAAUUUAGCGGUAACAUUCCAAAUGUUUUUGAAAAUUUAAUCAAAUUAAAAUAUUUAGAUCUUUCCGGUAAUAAACUAGUUGGCCCAAUUCCAAAUGAAAUCACACAUCAUUCAAAAUUGAUCGGUCUCUAUUUAAGAGAUAACAUGUUAAAUGAAACAAUUCCACAUUGGUGUUAUUAUUUGCCUUCUUUGUUACAUUUGGACCUCAUUGACAAUCACCUCACAGGAUUCAUCGGUAACUUCUCAACUCAUUCAUUAGAAUCUUUAUCUCUCUCUAAUAACAACUUACAUGGUCAUUUUCCCAAUUCAAUAUUUAAACUCCAAAAUCUUACUUCCUUAGAUUUGUCAUCAACAAACUUGAGUGGUGUUGUGAAUUUUCACCAAUUUUCAACACUUAAAAAUCUAAAUUUCCUCAAUCUUUCGCACAACAGUGCUCUUUCUAUCAACAUUGAUGGCAAAGCUAAAUUCCUGGCACCACUACCUAGUUUAAAUGUAUUAGAUCUCUCUAAUAACAACAUUCAUGGAAGAAUUUCCAAAUGGUUUCCAAAGAAGCUCUUAAACUCGUGGAAGAACAUUGAACACAUUGAUCUUAGUUUCAACAAGUUGCAAGGAGAUCUUCCAAUUCCACCCUAUGGCAUUCAAUACCUUUUACUCUCAAAUAACAACUUCACAGGAGACAUUCCUUUGUCAUUGUGCAAUGCAAGUUCCUUGCAAGUUCUCAAUUUGGCUCAUAACAAUCUAACAGGCAAAAUACCAGAAUGUUUGGGAACAUUUCCUCUUCUUUCUAUAUUGGAUAUGCAAAUGAACAACUUCUAUGGAAGCAUUCCUAGAACCUUUUGCAAGCAAAAUCCUUUUGUGACAAUAAAGUUGAAUGACAAUCAAUUGGAAGGACCACUACCACGAUCUUUGGCUCAUUGCACAAGCCUUGAAAUUUUGGACCUUGGAGACAACAACAUAGAAGAUGCAUUUCCAAAUUGGCUUGAAACUCUACAAGUGUUACAAGUGCUCCGUCUACGAUCAAAUAAACUUCAUGGUAAAAUCACAUGUUCUAGCACCGAGUAUUCAUUUCCUACGUUGACAAUUUUUGACAUCUCUCAUAACAAUUUAAGUGGACCCUUGCCAACAUCAUGCAUCAACAACUUUCAAGUAAUGAUGAAUGGGAAUGAAUACCAAAUUGGUCCGCAAUAUAUAGGUAUGCAGAAUUACUAUAUUGACUCUGUGGUGGUUGUAAUGAAAGGUUUUUCUAUGGAGCUAAAGAGGAUAUUGACUACUUUCACGACAAUUGAUUUAUCAAACAACAUGUUUGAAGGAGAAAUUCCUCAUGAAAUUGGAGAAUUAAUUUCUCUAAUAGGACUUAACCUUUCAAACAAUGAAAUCACAGGUAAUAUUCCUCAAUCUUUGAGUAAUUUGAGAAAUUUGGAGUGGUUGGAUCUUUCAAAGAACCAAUUGAUAGGAGAGAUUCCAACAAGUUUGACAAAUUUGACUUUCCUUUCUUUCUUAAAUCUUUCACAAAACCAUCUUGAGGGAAUCAUACCUAAAGGUAAACAGUUUGAUACAUUUGGAAAUAGUUCCUAUGAUGGAAAUGCAAUGUUAUGUGGAUUCCCGUUGUCUAAAUCAUGUGUAAAUGAGGAAGAUCAACCACCAAUGUCAACAUCAAAAGAUGAAGAAGAGGAAUCAGGAUUUGGAUGGAAAGCAGUAGCAACAGGAUAUGUGUGUGGGGCAAUAUUUGGAUUGUUGUUUGGGUAUAAUGUGUUCUUCCUUGGGAAACUCCAAUGGCUUCUAAGAUUUUUUGAACGUAUAUUUAACGUAAGACUUAAAACAACACACAAGAGAGUCAAUGGAAAUCGCAGAUGAAUUAUGUUGCACAUAUACUUUAUAAAUAUCUUUAUCUUUUAAGAACAUAUGAAUUAUUAUAUUUGAAAUCAUAAUCUCAAUUUAUGAAUAAAUGUUCAUUUAUAUUUGAAUA